AUCUCUGUGCAGCCUGAAGAUGAAGUGCCCGCGUUGUAGCCAUGAUAUUGCGGAGAAAGGAGCCAAGUUUUGCAGCCAAUGUGGCUUCAGACUUUCUGCCCCACCUGCAAACACUCAGGAUGCAGACAAUCAGCCUAAAGCUUUGGUAGCAGAGUCAGAAAGCAAAACCGAUGAAUCGAAGCUUCAGAAAAAUGUCCAACUUUCGGAGAACGAGACAUGUAAAUCUCCCAAACGACCAAAUGAUGAACAACCCAACCCAAAGAAAAAGAAAAAAAAGAGGAAGAAAAACAAAAAGAAAAAAGAAGGCCACAAAUCGUCAGAUCAAGAUCAAAGCCAGUCUGACCAGUCUCUUGUCUCUUUGGAAGACAAGGGGAAGAGGACAAAUGCCGAUGGAGACCACACUGACAGUGAAAGUUCUGAUGACAUCAUGGAAGACGCACCAGACUCACUCCAGGAUGAUUUCCACUCACUUGAAUCACAACAUAGUUCACUGACUGACACAAUGGCCUCCUCUGAAAACACUCAGGUCACACAGGGUAACAAAACUGCAUCCACAGAUGAUGCCACAGCAUCAGGGCGGUCUGAGGAAACCACAGUUAAUGCUAAAGAGGGAGAGAGUGAUGCACAGGGGUCAGAUCAGGAUCAAACACUGAACACAGGAACAGCUGACCCUCCAGCUCAGCCUCCCACCUCAAAGACCAAGAAGACCAAGAUGACCUCUCAGUCAGGUUCAGCUGAGCAGACGAAACCGACUGAUGUGAAAGAGCAAACGUCUGGCAAAAAAGACCAAAAGAACAAAAAAGAAUCUGCUAAUACUGCACAGUCUAAACUGAAUCAGACUGCUAAUUUAGCUCCAAAAGCAAAACAGACUGAAGAAACAAAACAGAAUGAAAAAAAUCAGGAUAAUCAGAAACGGAAGGAAAACAAGAACAAUCAAAAACAGCAGGAAGUGAAAUCUCCAGGUGAUCAAAAACAGAAGGAAGUGAAAUCUCCAGGUGAUCAGAAACAGAAACAUCAACAGGACCAGAAACAGAAGAGUUCAACACCAGCAAAGGCAGACAACUCAGGCUCCAGUGUGGACCCUGUGGAGAACAUGGAGGUUGAAGAAUCUGGGGACAAGCAGAACAAAACUUCCACUGGUAACAAAGAAAGUGUCGAGGCCAGUGAAGAUACUUCAAACUCCCAAACAGUAUCACCACCUAAAAGGCCGACCCAGAACAAGAAUAUUGCUGCACAUAACAGACUCACAAUUUACUUCCACGCAGUUCUUUCAAAGGAUUUUAAAUUUGAUCCUGAUCAAGAUAACAUCUUCAUCAGAGCCGGGGCCCCUCUUGGUGACUGGAAGGAAAAUUUAGCUGAGUUGGCUGUGACAAGGGAUCUUGGUGAACAUGGGUUUCUGGUCGAAGGCGUUUUGACAACAUUAAAAAGUGAAGCUGUCUCUACUUCGAUACCAUACAAAUAUGUUGUUUAUAAGUGCAAAAAGAAGGCAUAUGAGUAUGAGUAUAUUUACAAACAGGAUUCUGCACGUCCUACCAACAGGUGUUUGUUUGUGAAACCCCACCUCAUCACUGAUGAUGGGGACUGGCAUCAAUAUGAUGACAUCAUCUGUGCCGAACCAUCAAAAAAUGUCAUCAAACGCUUGAAGGAUACCUUCUGGCCUGAGCAACGUAAAAACCUGAUUAAAGGCAGAGAAAUAGCAGGAUAUAUAAUGUUGGACAACAUUUUUGACCUUCUCAAAAGCUGGAGUGAUGCCAAUCUGAAAAGCUUUCAAAUCCAGCUGAAUCAGUUCUUUCAGGUCUAUGGGAACCCUUUUGUGUUUGAAGAGAAAGAGAAGAAAUGGUACUCCUUGCAGUUUGAGGAAGAUGAUGUGAGGAAGAUGCUGAAAGAGUUCAUGCUGACAAAACUGAUUCCUCAGCUGAGAGAUGGCGAAACACACAAUCUGUAUGUUCAGGACCCAUUGAGAGCAGCUGUGAUCAUGCUUCAUGUGUGGAAACAAUUUAAGAUCAGGCUUGAAAAUUCUGAGCUCAGUCGCCUCUGUAAAGAGCUGUGUUUACCCAAACUAGAGAAUGAUAGUUUUCUUCAGUACUGGAUGAAGUUUUCUCAGGAUGUCUCAGCGUUCCAAAAACUUCUAGAAACAUUGGUACAUCUGAUAAAAGAUGUAAAAAAAGCAGGGAUGCCUCGAUGGAUUAUGGUACUGCCUCUCCUCCACCUCCUCAAAGGCUCAGUCAAACCUUUUGAAGUAAAAACCUCAGGAAACAUGAAGUUAAAUCCUUCCUGGGCUGGUUUGGAAGGUCUUAACAUUGAUGACAUAUACAUUAACAGCCAAGAAAGAAAAGCCCUUUUAAAUGUGAUAAAAACCAACAGUCACUUGAUGAAGGUGGAUGCACUUUCAGUUCGAUCCUGCUUGUACCUGAUGCCACUUGAUGAACUGAUGGAGUGUAGCAUCAGCAUAAACCCAGAACUUUUGGAUGUGUUGUUUGUUUUCUAUAAUAAAGUCCCUCAGGAUAUUACCAGCAGCAAUGCUCAGUCAGUAACUGAAAUUCUGAGCCACAUCCAAGAGCAACUCGUUCAGAAAAAAUACAGUUACUUCACUGAAGCCUACGGGAAUGAGUGUCUGGCAACAGCAGUGAGACUGUUAGAGAAGGUCUGCAAAGGUGUCAAGCCUGCAUCAUACACCCAGAACUUUCCUGAUGUUUCAAUAGCAUGCAUGAAUCUGGUUGCAUCAGUGUCAGACUAUUUUCAGCAUGAGAAGGAACGGGAGGGCCAACAAGCAGACAGAAAGCAGGGAUUUGCAAAAGAUGUAUGGCUCUCACAGGGGAUGGAGACAAUGAGAGACUGGAUGACUCAGUCUUUCAAACAGGGCUUGCUCAGUGGAGGUCUGUCUUCCUGGUAUUCAACUAAAACAAAAGAAAUAGAAGUAUGGAACAAACUAAUCUCCAUUGACUUCAAAGAUGAAGAAUUCACAAAACAAUGGAGGCAAACAUUCACUAUGGACUUUGAGGGAAAGUACAAACAGGAAUCGGAUCUGAAUCAAAUUGAAUUCUACUGCACAAACAUAGAGGAACUUAGCAUUUCCCAUCCACAUGUUGCUGCCAGCAUUGAAAAGUGUGCUCUUGAAGCUGUUACUUCUUUGUGUCAGUCCAGGUCUGAAGGCAAACUGUUUGAGAGGUUAAAGAUCAACUGGAAGUUUGGGAAUCUCAUCUCUGCCAUCAUUCAAAAAUCUUGGCCAAAGGACACUUAUGGAAAUUAUCAAGAAGAUGAAGAAGUGGUCCUUCAACACCUCCUCUCCUGGACUGCUGCCAAGGAUAUUUUCCAGCUACAUGGUGCAGACAAAAAGCUGAUUGAGCAACUUUCUCCGGAGGCCAGGGACAGACUUGCUAUAGCCAUAUCAUUAUUCACAGCCAUAAACAAUCAGCUGAUCCAGGGACACAUUAAAAUUAAUCUGCUCAACAACAUUUUGGAGAGGAAAGCUGCCUUCUUAGAGCUGCUGAAGAUUGACUGCCUGUCUGAGAAAGAACAAUACAAGGAUAAAGACAAAAUGAAGACACUCUUGCAGCACAGACAACAAGAAUUGAAAGAUGUGUACAUUGAAAAGGAGCUUGUGGAAGCUCUCUUAACAAUGUGUCAUAAACUUGAGGAACACAUGACCGUUGAUGUUGCUGACUUGGAGAUGAAAACAAAAGUCAACAUUGAAAUGAUGCCUUUGGACCAUUUUAUGGAAGUGAGUCAGUUUGGCCAAAUUGCCAUUGACCAAGUGGCUGGUAUUGUAACCUUUUUCAACCUGGAUGAAGAGGUCAGAAACAUGGCAGUAGAUCUGUUUGACUUCAAAGACAGUCGUGUUUUCAAAAUGUGUUGGGAGAAACAUGCCAAAAGCCUGGCCGAGGAACAAAGGGAAGAUGACGAAGAUCAAAUCGUUGACAUAGAGGCAACGACAGACAUGAUAUACAGUGACAUUUACAUGCCUUGUCGUCAUGAAUACAAAGACCUCUAUACUCGUCUGAAGAAUGGCAGUAUAAGGAUUGAAGAAAUUAAGCAGUUUUUUGGAGCAUACAAAGACAAAUAUGCUAAUCUCACAGAGGAGCUGAAUAUCAUGUGUAAAUUUGAGAAUUCAGCCGACAAACAAUGGAUCAACACCAGGGUUGAACAGAUUAAACAGUAUCACGAGCUUCACCUAGCUGUGGACUCUGCUGUAGUUAUCAUGAAAGUCAAGGAGACACUCGGCCUUCAAGGAGACUUCAGAGUUUUGGAAACACUUAUGAAUGUUAUUCACGCAGACUUUCAGAAGGAGCCAAUUAGUCGAAUCGACAGUGACUUAAUGCAGGCAAAGAUGGUUCUGGUUGACAUCACAGAAUCACGCAGACGGUGUCUAAAAGAACUAGGACUCAGAGGACACUUUGUAAGAUGGGUGAAGGAUGCCCUUGAGGAUAUCAAUGAGCUGAAGGUUUUUGUGGACUUGGCUUCCAUUUCUGCUGGGGAAAAUGACAUGGAUGUGGAUCGGGUUGCUUGCUUCCAUGAUGCAGUCCUCGGCUAUGCUUCCGUUCUUUAUGAACUCAAACCAGACUCUGGCUUUCGUGCCUUUAAGGAAGUGCUCAACAAGCUCUGGAAAGCUUUGGAAAAUGACAACAAUCUCCCUAAAAAACUGUGUGACAGUGCACGUCAUCUGGAAUGGCUGAAAACUGUAAAGGAUAGCCAUGGAUCUGUAGAGCUUUCGUCUCUCUCAUUAGCAUCAACUAUUAACAACAAGGGAAUCUACCUCAUCAAUGCGCAAAAUGUAAAGCAGUUGACACUUAAUAGUGCCAUGAAGCUUCAGAUUCCAGAGGAGCAUGAUGAUGGUCUGCACAUGCGCAGCUACUCUCUUGAAGACCUGAGGGAGCUGCAGAACAAACUAAUGCUCAUGUCUGGAAAAGGGGAUCAAGGGCAGAAUGAAGUUGAUCAUUUUGUAGAGGUUUUUGCCAGCAUUCAAAGACUAACUGAGGCUUUCAUUGCACUUUACUCUGCUGGAAAUCCUCUGUUCAGACACUGGGAAGUGCAAAUAAAUUGCUCCUCAAGUAGCUAUGAACCCAGCAUUGUUAUGGACUUUAAUUUGGACAAUUUUCUCAGUGUCGUUGUAGAGGGCAGCAUAGAGGAGCAGCUCCCUGAACUUUGCAGAAAAAUGGAGAAAUGCCUGGACUACUGGAUGAAUUAUGUAGACAAACAGAGAUCCUAUCAUUAUUUUUUGAACUACUACACCGCUGAGCAGAUUGUUUACCUAUGUAGCAAGCUGGUUCAGCAAAAUGUGAUUAGUGUAGAAGAGCAGGUUCUCAUGAUGCUCUCAUUUAUUAAACCAAAUUGCACUUCACAAGAUUUAAGACAAGUGUGGCACACACUUCAGUAUGAAAACCUCACUAAACCUCAAGAGCAAAAUGAAGACCUUGAGUUUCAGACUUUUGUUAUGGUGUCGAGAAGCAUGUUAGAAGAACCAGACAUGACUGGGGAAUUGGAUUGUUUGCAAAGUCUUGUGGAAAAAGCAAAAGGUUUAAAAGCAUUUGACCAGAUAUGGAAUGCUUACAUGAAAGACAUGAGGAGUUUCCUCCCAAACAUCCUUGAUAUGAAAACCCUUGGCCGACUUUUGGAAAAACUGUCUAACUUUGUUGACAAGAAUGACGAGGAUGACAGUGAAGAAGACAUUUCUGAUGAUAACUCUGAAAAUUUUCUAAGAAGGCAGCUCCCUAAAGGUCUGGACGUUGGAAAGCCAAAUCUCAUUGUUUGUCCACAUGAUGAUGUUUUGACAUCUUGCAUCUCCGUUUACAUGAGCAGCAUGGAUGAGGCUCUUCCCACCUAUGAUGAGGUUCUUAUGUGCAGUCCUUCAACUCCAUAUGAACAAGUAGAGCUUUUCCUCAGACGCUGCCUUAGCACAGGCUACAUGGGUCAGAAAAUAUACUGUCUGUUGUAUGGAGAUCUUCUCACAUAUGAUGUGAGCUCUAAAGUUGAGAACUUUUUUCAGUGGAUGAAAAUGCAGAGCAGGAAAGACUACAGGCUUGUUGUCAUUUGCAGCUCAGAAAGAGAGCAUGCCUACCUUCCAUCUGCUUUCAGCCAGUACAGGUUGCAUAUGAUACCUCAAGAGCCAUUAUCCAGAAUUCAGAGAUACCUCCAGAAACACUACAUUGUCCCUGAAGAUCAAUGCAGUGCUGCAGCUGCGUUUAAAGACAGACUCUGUGUUGGUGUUGUCUCAUCCAAAAGAGCUGGUGUUGGUAAAUCUCUGUACAUCAAGAGGCUUUAUGAGAAACUAAAACACUCUACUAAAAAGCAAUCCGUAAUGAAAUGCAUCCGCUUGAUUGAGCCUAACAUUGAUGAGACUGUCAUCCUUCAGUCUCUGUUGGACACUCCUAAAAGGAAAGAACUUGUUGUCUUCCACUUUGACAUCACGUCAUCGGUUCAGAAAGGUCUUCAUGAGUUCCUUUUCAAAUUGUUGAUUUUGCGCUAUUUGAUGGACUCUGAGGGAAAGAUGUGGAGGUGUAAUACCAAACAGCUUUAUGUCAUGGAAAUUUUAGAGCCCACUGUCAAGUCGACCAGAAAUGCCACUCGUGAGGCUAAAAUGUUGAACAACACUAUCAUAGAUGUGUUUCCAAAUAUAUUUUGCCGACCACCAAAAGAUGUGCUUAUGCUUGAGAUGAGAAAGCAAGAGGAUCCAACUAUUGUGAGCAGUGAUGACCCACUAAUGGAUGACAAAGAGUUCAGGAGUGAAGCCUUUCAGCGACCAUACCAAUACCUCAAGCGAUUUCAUAACCAUGCUGAUCUAGAUGUUAUUACCUUUCAAGGUGUUGAGGGAUCACAUGUAGAGUGUCUGCAGAUGCUUCUCAUGUACUGUGGCAUAAUGGAUCCAUCCUGGGCAGAACUUCGAAAUUUCACCUGGUUUCUCAACCUUCAGCUAAAAGAUUGUGAGACGUCAGUUUUUUGUGAUGCCACUUUCACUGGAGAUACACUAAGUGGGUUCAAAACCUUUGUUGUGGACUUCAUGAUACUGAUGGCAAAGGACUUUGCCACUCCAUCACUCAACAUCUCUGAUGAGAGCCCUGGCAGAUUGCAAGUUAAUCUGACAGGGGUCCGAGAUGAAGAUCUGGCCCCUUUUCUCAUCAGAAAAAGAUGGGAAACUGAACCACAUCCAUACAUUUUCUUUAAUGAUGACCAUGUGUCCAUGACCUUUAUUGGUUUUCAUCUUCAGCUCAAUGAACAGAACUAUGUUGAUGCUAUUGAGCCUACUUCCGGAAGGGUGAUCAAAAAGAAUGUCAUGACAAGAGCACUGUAUGAAGGCCUGCAGCUUCAGAGAGUCCCUUUUAAUGUCAACUUUGAUAGCCUUCCAAGAUAUGAGAAAAUAGAACGAAUCUGCAGAGUUCUUGGUAUCCAGUGGCCUCUUGAUCCUGAUGAAACAUAUGAACUAACAACUGAUAAUAUAUUGAAGAUGCUAGCAAUCCACAUGCGGUUCAGAUGUGGCAUUCCCGUCAUUAUCAUGGGGGAAACAGGGUGUGGUAAAACAAGGCUCAUCAAAUUCCUAUGCGAACUGCAAAGGAGUGGAGUAGCAACUGAAAACAUGAAACUGGUGAAGGUGCAUGGAGGGACAACUUCUGAGAUGAUCUAUGCUAAAGUCAGAGAAGCAGAGAACAUUGCUGCUAUCAACAAGCAAGACUAUGGAUUUGACUCUGUUCUUUUCUUUGAUGAGGCCAAUACUACAGAGGCUAUCAGCAGUAUCAAGGAGGUCUUGUGUGACAAGACUGUGAAGGGAGAAAGUUUGACGCCGUUUUCAGGGUUGCAAAUUAUUGCUGCAUGCAACCCUUACCGAAAGCACACAGACGAGAUGAUUCAAAGGUUAGAAUCUGCAGGUCUGGGGUAUCGAGUUCGAUCUGAAGAGACUGAUGAAAAACUGGGGUCUAUCCCUCUUCGCCAACUUGUAUAUCGAGUUCAGGCAUUGCCACCAAGCAUGAUUCCUUUGGUGUGGGACUUUGGACAGUUAAAUGAUCACACAGAGAAAAUCUACAUCCAGCAGAUAGUACAAAGAGUGACUGAAAGGCAAGAAAUUGAUCAAACUUAUAUCAAGAACAUCACUGAUGUUCUUUCAGCUUCACAGAAGUACAUGCGGACAAGAAAUGAUGAAUGCAGCUUUGUCAGCCUGAGAGAUGUGGAACGCUGCAUGCAGGCUUUUGUUUGGUUUCAUGAUCAUCAUGAAAUUUUCUUUUCAGAGCUUCAGAAAUUUGAGAAUAAUCAAAAUGAUGAAGGAAAUGAAGGCCAUCAAAGACAACCUGAGAUCAAAGACCCUGUUCUUUGGUCUCUAGUUAUGGCCAUAGGAGUGUGCUACCAUGCCUGUCUUGAACAUAAAGACAAAUACAGAUCGAAAAUCAGCAAACAACUACCCUCACGAUACAACCCAUCAAAAGUAAUGCAAGAAAUUUCACUCAUGCAGGACUUACUUUUGAGUGGUGUCCCAAUGGGGGAAACAAUUGCAAAAAACAGUGCCCUUAAAGAGAAUGUCUUCAUGAUGGUUCUCUGCAUUGAGCUGAGAAUCCCACUCUUCCUUGUUGGGAAACCUGGGAGUUCAAAGUCUUUGUCUAAAACAUUAGUGGCAGAUGCAAUGCAGGGCCAAGCUGCACAUUCUGACCUGUAUAAAAAGCUCAAACAGAUCCAUUUAGUGUCCUUCCAGUGUAGCCCUCAUUCAACCCCAGAAGGCAUUAUCAAUACAUUCAAGCAAUGCGGACGAUUUCAGGAAGGAAAAAACCUGAAUGAGUACAUUUCAGUUGUGGUUCUUGAUGAGAUUGGACUAGCUGAGGACUCACCAAAGAUGCCUCUGAAAACUCUUCACCCAUUGCUAGAGGAGGGAUGCAUUGAUGAUGAACCCCUACCACACAAAAAGGUUGGGUUCAUUGGUAUCUCCAACUGGGCACUAGACCCUGCAAAGAUGAACAGAGGUAUUUUUGUUUCUCGUGGUGACCCUGAUGAGAAGGAACUCAUUGAGAGUGCUAAAGGCAUUUGCUCAUCUGAUGUAAUGGUUCUCGAGAAAGUCAGGGAUUUUUUCAAACCCUUUGCAAGAUCCUACUUGAACAUCUGCCGCAAACAAGGCAAAGGAUUUUUUGGCUUACGUGACUAUUACAGCUUGAUUAAGAUGAUAUUUGCUGUUGCAAAGACCUCUCAACAGACCCCCACAGCAGAAGAGAUUGUAAAGGCUGUCUUGAGAAACUUCAGUGGUAAGGAUGAUGUUGAUGCUGUUUUUGUCUUUACUGAAAGACUGCAGAUUGCACCUAACUUGGAGAACAUCAGUGCUAUUGAGUUUGUGAAAGAAAACAUUCAAGCAGUUGGACAAGAAGAAGAGUGUCGUUACCUUCUUGUACUAACAAAAAACUAUGCAGCUUUACAGAUCCUCCAGCAAACCUUCUUUUUUGAAAGUGGUCAACCGGAAAUAAUCUUUGGAUCUAGUUUCCCAAAAGACCAAGAGUACACGCAGAUCUGUCGCAACAUCAACCGAGUAAAGAUAUGCAUGGAAACAGGUCAAACAGUUGUGCUUCUAAACUUACAGAACCUCUACGAAAGUCUCUAUGAUGCUCUCAACCAGUAUUAUGUAUGCUUGGGUGGGCAGAAAUAUGUGGACCUUGGACUGGGAACACAUCGUGUAAAGUGCAGAGUACACAAAGACUUCCGGCUGAUUGUCAUUGAGGAAAGAGAGGUGGUCUACAAACAAUUCCCAAUACCUCUGAUUAACAGGCUGGAGAAGCACUACCUUGACAUUCACACGGUUCUCAAAACCGAGCAGAAGAAGCUAGUGGAAGAACUGGAAAGAUGGGCAAAUCUUUUUGCAUCUCUCAGCAAUCAGCAUGCAACAGGAGCUCAGACAUACAAAUAUCAGCUCCCAGAUGUUUUCAUUGGCUACCACUCUGACACAUGUGCUUCUGUGGUUCUUGAAGUCAUUGAGGAGCAGAAGGACAAUAUGGAAAUCUCAGAUUCUCACAGGGGAUUGCUUGAUAAAGCUAAGCUCAUACUCCUUAAAUGUGCUACGCCAGACUCAGUGGUGCGGUUGGACUGCACAGGCCUGCCAAAAGUGGAGAGCAAACAUCUGGCCAAGGUGUACUUUGAGGAGCAAAAUAACAGCUCUUUAGCUGUUUACAUACUUGGCCACACAAAGCUGAAAUCCCAUUACUCCUCCUUUUUCACAGAGGUGACAACGUUCUCCAGACUUUUGACAGCGUUUGACAUGAAAUCUCUGGAGCAAUUUUUCCAUGACGUUGAGCUACUCUCACUUCAGCAGUUUGACACAGAGCACUCUUUCCUGAAGAAGAUCAGGAGCUUCCUCACAAAUGGAAAUGGAAAAAACACUGAACCAAACAACAAAGUCCUCAUCAUUCAGUGUGAUUUUGAUGAAGCAUCUCACAGUGCAAACCUAAUUGCAUCUGCAAAGUAUUCAUCAAUAAAUGAAAUUAACAAGAUAACACAGGAAAACACAGGAAGCAGAGUGUUUGUCUACUUUAUCACACGACUGCCAAGAGUGGAAGGAGGCACAUCUUACAUUGGCUUUCAUGGAGGACCCUGGAGGUCAGUUCAUAUUGAUGACCUCAGACGCUCAAAAGACAUUGUUUCAGAUAUCAAGACUUUGCAAAAUAUGACCAUUAGCCAGAUGUUUGAAACAAAGGCACCACUGCCUGAAGCCAUGGAAGUGGAUGACCUAUACACAGAGACCGAGGAAGAGAAGGCAGAAGAAAGUGGCUCAAAUAAUGUCAUUGACACCACAUUGUUGCUGCGGAGCUGUGUGCAGAGUGCAGUGAGCAUGCUGAGCGAUCAUGUGAAAAGUGGCUUCCGUAGCACUCGAAGAGUUGCAAUCCUUUUGACUCUCCUGAGUGACGACGAUGAAAUUAAAGGUGAAUUUCUGGAAAUGCUGAAGAAGCGUGUCCACUCAUUGUUAGUGAUUCAUGAUGGCAACACACUGUCAUCCAUCAAGAGCAACUGGGUCCUCAAAGAGGCAUCAAACAUUGAUGCAUUGCAAGAGGGCGGCACAUUCAGGCACACCUUAUGGAAGCGUGUCCAGGCUGUGAUUGUCCCCCUCUUGGCACAGCUAGUUUCAGUCAUUGACCGUGAUCAAAACAUGGACCUUCUGCUGGAUACAAACUGCUGCCAUUCUGUGAAGAGGCUGUGGUUGGAUAUAUUUAGCAAUGAAAAACUGCUGGAAAUUUCUCACCUGACAAUGGACCACAGCUUUGAAACAAGAACCAUCCUUGUACAGAACUACAUUGCUCAGGAUGAAAACAUGGGCUGCAGCCUGCCCUUCAGUUGGAGAAUUAAGGAUUACCUGGAGGAGCUCUGUGUUCAUGCACUGCAGAAUGAAGGGCACACUCAACAAGAGUUUGUUGAAUUCUUUUGGAAAACACCGCUGGGACGCUACAUAGAAAAAGAAAAUUCAGAGAUGCAGAUGGAGUUUUAUCAACGCUACCUUCAAGAUUUCAUCUCUAUGUCCAUGAACAUCACUUGUCGAGAAGAGCUGCAGCUCCUCUGUAGUGCCUUAAACUGUUGUGUCACUGAGCUGCGGCUGCAGCUAAAUGACACUAAAACAGUACCAGCUCUUCCAUGGGUCCAUGCAGCUUAUCGGAAUUUCAAGAACCGGCUGCAGAACCUCUUGAGAAUGAUGCGUAUUGAACCCCAAGUGACUAAAAACCUCCUGGGAAAUCCACAUGCCAGAGACAAUGUUGAAUUUGUGCUCGAUGUGUAUGCUGCGUUUGCAUGUUUGGAGCAUUUGGAGCCCCGAGUUUUGGACACUGAUGCUCAAAGACAAGCCUGGCUCAGGCAGGUGAAAAAACUCCAGGUUCCCAUUGAGUUGAUCUGUUCAGAGGACAGUGUGAGACAUUAUGGAGAGAGGAGCAAGACGUUUGUCAGCAAAGUCGAAUCUGGAUGGAAUCGGAUAUUUUCUCUCUCUCUGUUUGUGGAGCACAUGUUGUUGGGAAUCGAGAAGUUGGACAAGAAGCUGUCACCUUUAGUUUUGGAGAAUACGCGACGACUUGGCCAGAUACUUGAAAAAAAUUCUGACCUGAAAAGUCAGCAGAUAUUUGAGGCAGUAAUUGGUCUGUUGAAAGCCUGCAAAGAUGGAGCUGUGGAUCGCAUUUUCAAGUUUGGUCAUGUACUGUGUCCGGUCUGCAUGGGAGACCCUCAUGAUCCGCUCUGCUUGCCCUGUGAACACAUCUAUUGUGAAGCCUGCAUCAAACAGUGGCUGAUUCCAGGUCAGAUGUACUGUCCACUCUGCAUGCAGGAAGUUAACAAUGGCUUUCCCUUGGUUCCAUCAGAUGAUAUCAGGGUUCUUGUUGGCCAACAUGCUCAGUUUAGGAAGCAAUGCAACGCUUUCUUCAUUGACCUGGUGUCUACGAUGUGCUUCAAAGAUAACUCUCCACCAUCUUCAGAUGUCAUUCUAAUUCUGCUGUCCUUCCUCAUGGUGGAAGCCAACACUGUUCCCAUUCUCAAAGUUAAACAGCAAAUGCUGACAAAGGUGCUCUCUCCAUUUGACGAUUCUAUUGAUAAAAAUCCAGUGAUUCGCUCAGUAGUCCUGAAACUCCUGCUGAAGUACAGCUUUGAUGAUGUUAAAGAAUAUCUGCAGCAGCAUCUGGUGUCAGUUGAGCAGAACAACAUUUUGGAUGAAACAGACAAAACUGAACUCUACUGCAUGUACAUCAACUGUCUGGAGGAUUCAAUGUUUGAGAGGUUGCAGUUCCGGUCUGUUGCAGAUCAGCAGGUAUUUUUGCAGGAGGAAAGUGCCUUCCUGACUGAUUUCCUACGAUUACGCAGUCAGUGUGCUGAAAAGCCAACUGUGGAGUACCUGCAGCAGUUGGCCAGAGUACGAAUGGACCUGGAUAUGACUGCUAACCUGAUCAUGGAAAAUCUGAGAGCCAGAGGGUCUCCAGAAGGUGGUCAAAGUAGAUCCACAGCCUUCCUGGACUGCGUGGUCAACCUGUGUAGGAAGAGUGGCAAUGACUGGUAUCGCGUUUAUUUGAUCCGCAAAAUCUGCAGCCAACAUGGAGUGGAGUAUGUCAUGAAACUUCUCAAACGGGAUCAAAUACGGUGGCUCUUCCCUGAAGAAAUUCAGCAAAAGAAUGAGGAAACCUCCCCAAUAGAUCAAUAUCUUGUGUGUGGGGAAGAUUACAAAACAAUCAGAGAGGCUGUUGCAAAGAUAGUUAUGGAAGGCAAAGUGGAAAACCUGGAUGAAGUCUGUGAGGGAUGCAGAUGCCUGCCACAGCAGAGAACAGUUUACCUUCUGUUGGCAUUCUACAGAGAAAUCACCACUCUGUAUGGACAAGCCAAUGAGAGCUUCCAUCCCAAACCAGAACAACUUGAAGCCCUGAUAACCUACAUCCAGUCAUCCAAAGUCCUUGCCAGUGCACAGAUGAAGGCCUUCGCUCAGGCUCUAGUGACCAACCGCUUGGAGUCGUUGGCUGUUCGCCCGGGGGUCUCCGGGGCCCAAAGUGUGGCUAGGGAAUUACUCGUUCACUUAGCUGCUGUCCUGCUCUGUGGAAACCAGGGGAUCUUAUCUCCCCUCCAGCAGCUGGCGUUGGCACCUGCCAACAUGCAGGCGUCGUUCUUGCCCACUAUGCCUGAAGAUAUGGUAGCUGUGGCUCAACAAGCUAUGGGUCAGCUGCAGUGGUACAGUUGUCCAAAUGGACACCCCUGCACAAUUGGCGAGUGUGGCCAGCCCAUGCAAACAAGUCGUUGUGUGGACUGUGGUGCUGUAAUUGGAGGAAACGACCACAGACCUGUCCAGGGAUUUCAGAUUCUUGACCAUCAAGGUGACCGCACUCAGACGGGCCACGUCCUCGGUGACCCGAGACGACGAGACAAUCCAGACAUGUUGGACACAAAGAGCAUUUCUCAAGUUCCUUUCACCAUUGUUCGCAUGCUCACUCACUUAGCAAUGCUGCUCGGUGCCUGCAACCACCCACAGUUUAUGUCUGCAAUCAUCAAGCCUCCAGUUCCUGACCCUGUUGCAUUUCUUCUUGCGCACUUGCGAAAAGAUCUUGAACAUCUUAUCAGGUCUCUUGGUAAGGGGACUGAUGACACAAUCAGCACAAUGCACAUGUUAAUCAGCAGUCUACUGAAACCCGACCAGCAGCAGAAAUGGCCUGUUCCUUAUGACAAUCUGCUCUCCACCAAAGACAGUAGAAAUGGAUGGGAGGUGGAAAUGAGCAAUGCCAUCAUUACACCUCAGCUUAAGAACUUGGAUAGACAGCUAAAAGAAGUGAACGCAUUUAUCCGAGCUGACACUCGCAUCUCUGCCAACCCGAUCAUGAAGCUUGUGUUUGGUGAACCUAGUCUCUUCUUGAAUUCACUUCCUCCAAAUUCUCUGAUCCAUUGUUCUGCUGUGUGGAGCUGCAGGGAGAAGGUGUCCCUGCUGAGCCUCACGCACAUCGUAGAGCAGAAUGAUGGCAAAGAUACUGUUCCUGUGCUGUGGAGAUUUCUGCACAAGGAAGCAGAGGUCCGAUUGGUGAGACACCUUCCUGACAUCCUCACACUCCAGAAGGAUCUGGUCAAGAAGUUUCAGAACAUCACUGAGCUGACUUAUGACACCAUCGAUGAUUUUCUUCAGAGUCACAAAUCAGUUUCACUCAAAGCCUGGUACGAGAGACACGUCCGAACCUUCCUGACCACUUGGAAUCAUCUCAGAGUGUCUCUGGAAACCAACGGUGAGAUUAAGAUUCCAGCCGAGUUCUGCCAGAAGGACCUGGACGUCAACAGUGACUUUAAGGUGCUGUUGCCACAGAGACAAGGCGCGGGCCUGUGCUCCACGGCUCUCGUCAGCUACCUCAUAGCUCUGCACAAUGACCUCAUCUACUGCGUGGACAAGCACACGGGGGAAGAAACCAGCUAUAAAGUGAGCCCUGCAGAUCUCACUGAUCUGCAUGUGAUCCGUUACGAGUUAGAGCGGGACAUGAUGCCCCUGGUUCUGUCCAACACCCAGUACAGCAUCGAGAGGGGCCAGGAGACCCUUCAUGAAUAUGAUCUGCCCAAGAUCCAGCAGCAGAUCAUUUCCCGUUUCCUGCUGGGCAAACCUCUCAUCACCCUCAAUGGCAUUCCUACACUUGUGAACAGACACGACCGCAACUAUGAGAUCAUCUUUAAAGAUGUGAAGGGAAAAGUCAAACAAGAGCCCCUCCAGUCUCUCACCCUGUUUUCUGUGGCUGGAGAGCUGCACUCCUACAGCGAGGUGUGUGAGGCUUUGUCCACUCUGGAGAUGGCACUCGGCUUCCUCGCCAUGUCUGGGGGGGAGCCUCACAUGCAGCUGUCCACCUACCUGGAGGAGGUGCUGCAGAUGGGAAACCAGAUGGCUCAGCAUAUCGUCAAGGCCUUUAGCAUGUGUUGUCUGAAGCACUGUGUGGCUUUAUGGCAGCUGCUGGCAUCACUCAAAUCAGAAAAUAUGCUGCGGAUCAAAAAAGAUCCAUUUGAGGGAGUUUCAAAGAAGUACAAAGAGACCCUGGGUGAGAAAGAGCAGAGGCUCCUGACUGGUUUCUUCUCUAAGAGCAGCACUGACUCCUUCCUGUUGGAGAUGCACGAGUUCCUGGUGCUGGUCCUGAAAAAGCCCAACGCUCCAGAGACCUUCAAGCCUGACUGGGGCUUGAAAGUCACUCUGCUGUCUUACCUGGAGCGUAAAGACAUGGACGUACCCCCUGAAGUGGAGGAACUCUUCCCAGAGGAGAUCUGCCUCUCCCAUUACAUCGAAGCCUGGAAGUUUAUCGUCACCUUUAAGCAGGAGCGUUCUCAGAGACAAUGAAGAAAACGUUUCAUUACUGCCUUCAUUUGAUUUGAUUUAAUACAUUCAGUUUACAUUUACAUUCUGUGAUGACAGUAUUGACAAAUGAUGUCUUUGCACAUGUUUAUAAAGAAAAAUGUGCCUUUUUUAAGAGCACUGUUUAGUGCCAAAAUCACACAUAUGGUUCUUUACUGUGAAGAUGUGAGGAUUAGGUAGAGUUUAAGUCUUUUUGCUUGUUCUAAACUUUUUUAUUUUCAGUGUAAAAUAAAGAAAAUGCGUGUGUGUGUGUAUAAUGUAGAAAAUUAUGUGAUUCACUCAGGUAUCUGAAGGGUAAAUCAAGGUAUAUAAACAAAAAUAAAUCAAAAUGCUAAAAAAGUUAACAGAAUAAUGUCUUACAAAGCUAAUAGAAUAAUUUUUCAGCUGUUGAGUUUUUUUUUAAAUCGUUCAGUUUUUUGAAAUCUGUGUCAUGUCCAUAUGUAAUAAUUGAACUUGCCUUUAUGCCAUUUUCACUUUUGCUGUUCUGCAUUCCAACAUUUUUCUUUUUUUUUUUCAACGUUUCCUUAUGAUGAAAAUUGAUAAAAUGCAUUUUGUGUCAUUAUGUUUUUCAAGUUGGCAACAAAAAUGAAGCAUCUUCCUCCUCA